AAUCGGAGUUAUGCAACCCACGGCUCUUGCAAGUCUGAACAAAGGCCACAUUUAGGAGGAUUGUGUUCAUCUGCAGAGCUCAGUAUAGUUCCAUGGCUGUUGGUCAUAAAGACUCCUGCAGCGCUCCCUGCGCCGUCCCCUCUGCAGCACUGCCUACGCUGACCAGCCCACCAGCCCACCAGCAGACCAGCACUCAAGCUGAACUAACACUCAGCCUGGAUCAACUCGACAGCAACAACGUCAACAGCAUUUAGAGGACUACCCAGCUUGGCUCAACACACCAGCACCAAUACUUGGAUUCACACCCUGUCAGUGGAUCCAUUUCAAGAUUUCACUGGUGGACCAGUCUCAGAUCUAACUACAGGACCAGCACAAAGCUUUUAUCCCCAUCCAGCUGAUUGCACUACCCAGACGUCGCCAGGCAUCUCCUCUAAUGACCAGUAAGCCUCCAUAGAGACUCCAGAUCAGCAGUCAGCAGGCCAGCUUCAUAGACUUGUCUAGUGGACCAUCAGUGGACUCACUGCAUUCAGGUCAGAUCUGCAUUCUUACAUCUACAAACUCACUGCAAACCAGCAUACCCCUCUCCGUGUCCAGGGCUUCACCAGUGGGAGACUGACCAGGGCUUACUCACUCGCUCACUCACUCAGGAUUUACUGAUCCGGACACAAGGACUGCCCAGAUCAGGACCAGCAGCAAUGGCGACAGAGUCGUGCGGGCCCAGUCGCCAGCCCUCGUGGGUGCUGCGUGCAGCUCUGCUGGGGACGGGCCUCCUCACCCUGCUCAACUCCUGCGGCCUGCUGCUGCUCCUGCUCCGGCUGGGGGAGCUCUCGGGUCGCCUGGCCCACACCGACAACCGACUCAUGGAGCUCAGCGAUGCCACUACUGCCGCCACUGCUGCUGCCGUCCGGAUGCCAGUUGCGCCACCACCGGAGGUGGACGGCACUCCUGGGGGGCACCUGCGGGUCCUGCUGAGGGGGAUACAGGAGGGGGGGCAGGGGCAGGGGCAGGGGCAGGAGCAGAGGUCACGGGGCAAGAGGAGCCACCUGAGGCACCAGGGACACCAUGGACAUCGUGAACAUGGGCCCCACAUGAACAACCCAGAUGCCAUGAUGAUGGUGACAUACUCCAUGAUACCGACGAAAGUCUUCCAGACUCUUUGCAACAACUCCAGAGGGGUGUGUUUGUCAGGGCCACCUGGACCUCCUGGUCCUGCAGGUCGAGAUGGCGUGCCUGGAGUUUCAGGCCAGAAGGGAGACACAGGAGAGCAGGGCAAGAGGGGCAAACGAGGUUCUCCUGGAGAGAAAGGAGAGAGAGGAGAUAGUGGAGAGUGUGGAGAGAUAGGAGCACCAGGGCAGAAGGGGGAGUUCAGCAAUGAGAUCCUACUGAGAGGUCCCCCCGGGCCUGUUGGACCCCGUGGUCAGCCUGGCCCACCCGGACCUCCCGGCCCACCAGGACCUCCAUGUCCUCCCACCAAUGACAGCAGUGCCAGGGAGGGGCUUCUGGUGACCUCCACCAAUGAUAGCAUCCCAGUGGAGGGUUCUCUGCCAACCUUGACCAAUGAGACCAGCACAGGGAAGGAGUCUCUGUUGAGAACCUCUUCUCCACACAGUGAUGGCACAUGGGCCACACCCACGUUCCAAGCCACACCCUCGGCCACACCCCCAUGGGGAACAUCGCAGGCUGGGGUCAUCAGGACAGUUCCUGAAGGGCCUCCACAGGAAACAGGAACCUCUGGUGCCUCCUCCAGACGUGGAACUAUGCAGGGAACUCAACCAGAAGAGUCUACAUCACCUAGCAUAGCUAAGCCCACACCAACCUCAGCAGAUGGGGUGUUGCCUGGUGUUCACCUUGAGAAGGUGCUGGAGAUCCCCUUUGAUGACUCAGUGACCACUACAGCCACCCCAGCAGAGGCAGCAGGGGGAGGAGUUCUCUCAGGUGGAGUGGGCACAGGAUCAGGGACAGGUGUUCAGGUCACAACACAAACCACAAGAGUGACACCUGUGGAUGCCACCACAGCCACUGUACAAGGAGAUGGCAGUACAAAAGGAGCAGUGUUAAUACAUAAAGAAGAGUCAUCAGGUUCUCAAGCUGACCACAAGCGUGAUGCCACACAAGAACAAAACACAGAAACUCCAGAGGUAUCAUCGUCAAUGAAAACACACAAAGAAAAUCCAGUGGAAACCUCCUCACCGAAAACAAACAAAGAAAAUCCACUUGUAUCGUCUUCACCGGAAACACACAAUGAAAAUCCAGAAGAAACAUCUGCGUUGGAGAUACUCAUAAAAAGUUUAGAGGAAACCGCUCCAAGGGAGACAGUGACCCCAGGUUACUCUGGACAUGACGUGACUAAACCAGUUGUUCCUCUUGUAAACCAAGCCCCAUCAGCCUCCCCGACUGCUCCAGGAAAUAACGUGUUGCCUGGGCUCAGUGUGAUCUCAGAUGUGGUAAACUUCUUCAACCGCAUGCUCUUCAACUCAGCCACCGAGGACCCAGAGACUGUAGCAGAGACCAGAUCUUCAAAGACACCAGAAAUCCUGUCUGUAGGUCCUACAGGAAGUCCACCUAUACCGGCUGGAAGUGACCGUGUGAAGCACACACCCCAGCCAACUCCAGGAAGCCACAGUGGCAGGCAGACUCCACGACACACAACAGCUGCUCCUGAUGGUGACACCAUUCCAAAUCCAGUUCAGAAACCCAGACAGGAAAUAAAAGAUUACUCCACUGCCUUCCCCCGCGACGAGACCCAGACAGACUGGCCUGUAUUCAUACAACCCACCAAAAAGAAGCCCAAGAAGAAAACAGAGUGUGUGAUUAAAGAGAUCUCCUGCCAGACCAAAGUGGCCAGCGUACAGGACACCUACGGCAGCUGGAUGCUUGACUCUGGAAACCGCACAAGUGAUCGCCUGUGGGUGGCCGAACACUUCUCAGGGAGGGUGAUAAGGCAGUAUGAGAGUGUUGAGGAUUUCAAAAGGGGCAGCUCCUUCAAGGUCAUUGACACCAGGAAGUUCUACCAGGGGUGCGGCCAUGUGGUCUUCAAUGGAUCCCUGUACUUCCACAUCGCAGGAACCCAGAGCACGGCCAGGUUUAACUUUGUGAAAAAUCGACUCGAGUCCUUGCCAGUGGGGGACUCGCCCCUCUACCACCAGCUGAGGUACCUCUUCCACAACUCCAAGACCUACUUCAAGUUCGCCGUGGACGAGUACGGCCUGUGGCUGAUCUUCGCGUCCAGCGUGGACGACGUCAUCUUGGUGAGCCGCGUGGAGCUCAGGUGGUUCACGGCCCUGCCGCCCGUCAACACCACCUACUCCCGGCUGCAGGCGGGCAACGCCUUCGUGGCCCACGGCGUGCUGUACGUCACCGACGCCGAGGACACGGCCAUCACCUUCGCCUUCGACCUGCUGGAGCGCAAGCCCAUCCAGGUGCAGGUCAACCUCCGACCAGAGGGGGGCGGUGUGCUGGCCAUGCUGUCCUACAGGCACCUGCAGAAGAGCCUGCUGAUGUGGGACGGUGGGGAGGUGAGGAGCUGCGCCGUGCGCUUCUCCUCCGAACUGUGUGGCCGCCCGGCCCUGAAGUGACGUGGGCAAGGGUUGCAGUGUGUGUGGGUGUGUUUGUUUGUGUGUGUGUGUGUGUGUGUGUGUGUGUGUGUGUGUGUGUGUGUGUGUGUGUGUGUGUGUGUGUGUGUGUGUGUGUGUGUGUGUGUGUGUGUGUGUGUGUGUGCCUACGUUUAAGUACUUGUGUGGGGUUGAGUGUGUGUGUACAAAAAUAUCUUUAUAAAUAUUAUUGUGAGUGUGUAUGUCAUUUAUAUUUUUUUAUUAAAUUGUGUGCGUGAAAAUUAACACUUCUCCAAACCCUUGAGUACAGCUCCUACAUCCAUAACACCAACACAUGCCACUAGUAUGCAGUAUACAAGGAGGAUGUCUCUUGCACGACUGCAGGAUCCAAUAUGCAGGCCGGACUACUUCUAUGAGACAGUAUAUUUUAAGGAUUUCUGUUUUCUAUAUAUGUAUAUAUUGUAUUCGUGUUGCCAAAGUCAUAUCUGUAGAUAACUAAGCUACAAAAGGACUCGUUUUCAGAGUUGUGCUGGAUUAUGAGCUAUAAGCAGAGGUCUAUAAAGUACAAACAGAAGUAAUUUAUGAUGUAAGUACAAAACUAGUAUAUGAUAUUACAUUGUUCUUACACCAGUUAUUCCACACUUCCUAAUGAGUACCUAAUGAGGUUUUUUUUUUUACUUUUCUUUUGCUUCUACUUUAUGCACCUCUGUUUAUAAGGCUGGAAGUUGUAGGUGUGCCACUAAACUCCCAAUGGUCUGCAGGGACACUGACACAUUAAAGCUAUAUCACACCAAUUCUGGAAAUAAGCUACUUCUACACAUGUUCUUACACCUUUCUCUUGUUCUUCCAGCUGUUUUCUUAGUCUGGUGAUGAUGUUCCUUCUUGUUCAGAGAUCGCAAUUAUCAUUGAAUCUCACCAGCUAGCUCCUAGCUGGUUCCAUAUACAGUAUAUUCAAUGCUAAAUUGGAGGUAGAAUUUGCAUGGCCAGACUCUGGCUGGAAAGUACGUGAGAUAGGUACAACUCAAUAAUUUCAAGAAAUGGUGUGGUUUAACUUAAAGGAAUUUAAAGUGUCCCUGGUAAAAAAAAAUGUUUUGGCCUCUGAAAAAAAGAGGGAAAAGAGGGAGGAUGCCCAUGUGGCCUGGCCUGUUUAUUGCUCUCUGGGAAAAACUGCCACGUAAUAUUGCCCAAUUUGUUUAUUGCUUUGUGGGAAUGGUGUGCCCUACUGCCAAAGUUCGUUUGCAUUGCCGUGGAAACAGAGUCCUCUACUGAGCAAGUCUGUUUAUUCUUCCGAGUGCCCUAACCCUCACUACACUUUAUACAGUAUAGCAUACAGGUAUCAGGCUAUGCUCUACACACAAUGUCUUCCACCCAAUCACCGUACAAUUUUAUGUAACCUAUGCCUUUUUUGUGUUAUACAUAGGUGGCACACUGUCUUAUAAUGGGUGAUUUAAACAAAUAUUGGUUACCAUUUCGAUCUCAAAUGUAAUACUUGCGGUUUCCUCAUCAAAUAAAACAUAGUCGUG